GGGAGGGGAUGUCUGUUCAGGGACCAGGGAUCUCCCCUUGGUCCCCCCGCCAUGCCUCUGCUGCUCCCCAGCCUUCUUCUGCAGCUCCUGGGUGGCUGCAGCUCCCUGUGCCAGGCCGCUGCGGCCGCCCCACAUCUCCAGCUCCCGCCACUGCUAGUCACCUGCUCUGACCCGCAUGGGCGCGUCUAUCGGCGCCAGGACACUGAGGUCUGGGUCUCGUGCCUAUGGGACGGUCCCAUCGAGCUGCAUUAUACUCGGGCCCCAGGAGCAGUGUCCAGAACCCAGGAGGGCGACACACAACUCCCACCCCCACCACGUUGCCGCUGGUACCGUGACUCGGCCUGGGUGCAGGACACGUCUCGCUGGGCGGGCAGGGCAGUACUGGGCCCAGGCCCCGGGCGGGGAGGCCCUGCUCCACCCUGGGCCUCAAGCCACAUCACAGACCAGUGUGUGUCAGCCUUGUGUGCCAUGCCUAUGUGUCUGUACCGCAACCUGAGCAUCGAAGUGUCCGGGCAGGAUGUGCGGCUCUUCCUGCUUUGGCCACCUGAACCCCCUAUCCUUGAAUGGCAGCCUGUGCAGCUGGGCUGGUGUGCACGCCUCAAGAGUGCACGCUGGCGCUACCGCUUCAGCAGCCGCGGGGGCAACCCUGCUGCACUCCUCAUUCCUAGCAACCAGCACCACAAGCAGCCCCCACCUGCUGCCUACCCAAGAGCCGAAUUGCACCAGGUCUGUGCCUCCUAUUACAGUUACCGCCUGACCGUGCACUAUACACACCGUGGCCUCUACGUUGCCUCAAUCACCAUGGAGCGGGGGCCACCGAUCAGCCUCAGCCUCACCCUGAGAGUGGAGCCUGCUCUUCUGCAUGUCCUCAGUGCCCACUCCAAGCUGUUCAGCCUUCCUUACCAGUCCCUGAGCCUUUCCUGGAGCCUGCAGCCCCUUGGCCCCAGGACACUGGCCUAUAGGCUGCUGGACAUGCAGGGCAUGGAGGGCUGGUCAGCCUCCUACAAUCCUUACGCUUUGCAGAGCAACUUCUGUGUUAACUCCAUGCCCCAGCAGGCUAGUGAAAUGGCACUGGCCAGCAUCUACUUCCACACUGAUGGAGAGUGGUUUGGGGAGCUGACAGGGGAGCUGAGUUUUUCCAAUGCUACAUUGGGUCUGGCAGUGAACAGCAAAAUUCCAACCUACCUCUCCCUCAAUGCUGAGAAGACCAAGAUGGGCACUUACAUUUUUAGCCGCAGCCAUGGACUCUAUUACACCAUCCAAGAAAAAAAUGCAAGUGCCCCUGAUGAUGACUUCAGCACCCAUUAUAUAUUUUUCCGGCAGCAGAGCCUUUCUUUCUUGCUCACCAUUGAGUUUCUGAAGUUGCAGUGGUACAAGUUCAACAUGCAUUUAUAUCUGAACCGGAAAGGGGCCUUGUUCAAGUCUCUAGUGGACAGAGAUAUAGAAGUCCACAUUUUCAAUAGCGGGCCUUCUUUUUUGCGGAGUUCGAUCUACAUUGUGUGGUUCAUUCCUGUGCAACAUCCGAUGCUGCAGUGUGAGUGGACCUUCAACCUGCAAUUGUUUGGCUCGAGGAAAGAGUACCUCAUCCAGAACAAUACUUAUACUUAUGAUGAUCAUGUCAGAAAUGCAGCUCACUUUGUCCGUCGCUCUGUUUUACCUUUUAAUCCUGACCUGUACACAGGGUUUGUGGCAAAAGUGAAUUGUACCAGAAGUGGACUUACACCAGCUGUUUUAAAAGUCACAGUCAACACUUACGCUUCCAAGGUUAUGGAGUCACUAGUGUCUUGUCAGAAAAAACCUUGUUUCAUAGAGCGUUUGAGAAUCCAGAAGCCUGAUCUUGUUUACCCCAUAAUACAUACUAAAAAAGGGACACAACUUUACCUGUAUGCCAAGAUGCAAGUCAACUGCACAGAUCUUGUACGUACUGAACAAAUAUGGAAAAUCUAUAGUGUUCAAAAUUUCACAACCAUUCCAGACUGGACUAAACCUUUGAAUCCACCCCUCAUCUGGAGAAGACAUAUGCUCAUUUUACAAAUUCCUAGUUUUAGUUUAGAUUAUGGUUUGUAUCUGUUUCAGUUCUCUGUUAAAAUAACCACAACUGAGGAUGUUGUGGAAGGCUCAGAUACAGUUUUUGUUCGGGUUGAGAAGAGUGACCUGGUGGCAGUUUUUGCUGGAGGUACUUUCCGGACAGUGGGUUUUUCUGAUAAAUGGACUUUGGAUGGAUCUAUGUCUUCUGAUCCUGAUUCAGCGGACCGACUAGAGGGGCUCACAUUUACUUGGUACUGUACAAAACAUGUAUCAGAUUAUACAAACAUGAUAGUGAGUACAAAUGGGACCUGUCAUCCCAACCAAGUAGAUUUGAAAUGGAUACAUUUUUCUGGUCCUACUCAGACUGUUGUGCCAGAGACCCUUCGAGGAAAUGCUAUAUAUCAUUUUCGUUUGGUCAUUCAAAAGGAUAACAGAAAGAGUUAUGCUGACCAAACUUCGCUGCUCAGGGCCACAGCCCCAGGCAGUGGGACAGAUAAAUGGAACAUCUCCAUAAUCUUGCAAUCACCCCCUAUUGUGAGGUCCCGAAACAGAAGAUUGGUAAGCAUAUCCCUUUUUAAUGCUGCAUGCUUAGACUUAGAUGGAGUGCAGAGUCAGUGGAAAGAAGGUACAUGCAUUCUUGGCCCUCAUACCAGCUGGCAAAGGAUACAUUGCAUCUGUAAGACGAAGCAGCAGACCAAGAGAACAGCAAGUCGCCCCGGACUUGGUUCCUCCAAAUUCAAUAUCAAGUUUUUGGCCUCCAAGGUAUUUGUGGUCCCUAACCCAGUGGAUCUGGAAAAAUCACUUUUAGCAAAAAUACACAAAAACACAGUGACCCUCCUAACAGUGCUUUUCAUUUUUUUAGUCUAUUUUCUCCUAGCUCUCUGGGCCCUGAGAAAAGAUAGGAUUGAUAAAGCUAGCAGGGACAAAGUUAUAGUCCUGCCAGAUAAUGACCCCUUUGAUAAAGUAUGCUUCUUGGUAACAUUAUACACAGGCAGUCGCUUGGGAGCUGGAACCACAGCAGAUGUUUUUCUCCAAAUCAUAGGCCAAAAUGGCACCAGUGAUGUGCAUUGCUUACGGCACCCAAAUUAUCAUUCAUUCUUUCGAGGAGGCACUGAUACGUUUCUACUAACUACCAAGAAUGAUUUAGGAGACAUUUAUUCCCUUAGGGUCUGGCACAAUAACGGAGGUUCUUCUCCUAGUUGGUUCUUAAGUAGAGUAAAAGUUGAAAAUAUGUACACUAAAGAAUUCUGGCUGUUUAUCUGCAGGAAAUGGCUUGCUCUUGACAAAGAUGAUUGCUUACUAGAAAGGACAUUUGUUGUCACACAUCCAACAGUACCUUUGGCCAAAAUGGACUAUUUUUUGAUAAAUGUUGCCAAUAAUCUGGUAGAUAGUCACAUAUGGUUAUCUAUUUUUGCUCAAGUUGUCACUGGAUCUUUCAACAGACUCCAAAGAUUAUCUUGUUGUUUAGCGGUACUGUUGUGUACGUUGCUUAUUAACAUUAUGUUUUUUAAUAUCGACAAGAAUAAAGAUGUUAUUUCAAUACAUUUACGAUAUUUUAGAUCAAUAAUAAUAGGAAUUGAAAGUGCUUUGGUUACCAUUCCUGUGCAAAUGAUUAUAACUGCCUUGUUUAAGUAUUCCCAGAAGGAGCCUUUUCCACAUUGUGCAGCUCAGAAUCACCCAAAGGAAAAUUCACCCUUCAUGUCUGGAAACCUUAGGAAUUGGAAGGAACGCCUGCAAAAAUGGUACCUUGCAGAGGCUCCUACUCAAUCUGUAAGGAGCAAUUGUCCAGAGAACUGUUCCAAUGCCAAUGAUUCAUCUAGCUUGCAAUAUUUUGAUAAGAAAAUGAAUCAAAGAACACCAAAAUUGUGGAGUAAUUGCACAAUCUCGGAGGGUGCUGCCAAUACAAUUGCAGCAGAAGAGGAAAAUGCAUCUGGUACAUCAACUGCAGAAGCUAAAGCCAAACAGACCCAAUCACCAAACUCCAAUUUCAGUAAUAAUUAUGCAGAAGAAAAGAAUGCAAACAUUCAGGAAGAAAGAAAACCAUUAAACAUCCCCUUCAUGCUUUUUCGCAAAAGGCCACAGAUAACUUUUUGUUGGUGGUGCAUCUAUGUCUCUUGGAUAUUGGUCAUUGCCGUAGCUGGGGUGUCAUCAUUUUUCAUUGUAUUAUAUGGGCUGUCCUAUGGCUACAAAACAUCAAUAGAGUGGCUUUUAGCAUCAAUAACCUCAUUUUUUGAGAGUGUGCUUCUUCUUCAAACCCUAAAAAUCAUUAUUUUCUCAGCUCUGAGUUCAGUUUAUCCAAAGUACUGUGAAAACAUCCCAUGGUCAACCAGGGAUAAUUACCUUGAGAUUGGGUUGGAUGAAGUUACUAUGGAUGCAGAUGAGAUGAGAGAAAUGCACUAUGAAAUUAUCAGACUCAGAGGCUCUAAGCAGUAUCAGCCCUUACAAGAGGAUGAAGUCACAAUCAUGAGGAAAAGAGAGAAAAUUAAAAUCAAAGCUUUCAUCUUCCUGAAGGACGUUGUCAGUCACUUUGUCUUUUUAACUCUAAUAUUAAACAUUGCCUACUCCACAGAAAGCACCAACAGCUUUUAUUAUAAUCAAGUUAUUCAUAAACAGUUCUCUCUCAAGCUGUCCAGUGUGGAUAAAAUAGAACACAUUUACUUGUGGGUAAACAAUGUCUUUUUGCCUUUGAUCCACAAUAGCCAACAACCAACUUUUAUUUCUGACAGCUGGUCCAAAAUUCUAGGUUUGCCAAGGAUGAGGCAAGUAAGAGCAAAAAUUACUGAGAAAAAAUGUUUCCAGCCUCACAGCUUUGUAAAUAAAUUUGUGAUCAGUAAAAGCCAUUGUCUUCAUAAAUAUGGCAGUGACCCCGAAGAAAGAGGUGACUAUAUUGGUUCUUGGACAAAGGGGCCCAAUACCUCUGUUCCUCAUGACAUCAGCAGCUAUGCAGGAUUUACAUACCAGUCAAACAGAAAUCAUUGGGUGUAUUACUCAUAUGGAGAAUUACACACAUAUGGACCAGGGGGAUAUACUUUUUACUUUUUCCCUGCAGAACAGCGGCCUAACUCAACAAAAAGGCUGGAUGUUUUACAACAUAGCAAUUGGCUUGAUGAAGAGACAUGGGCUGUGAUUAUUGAACUAACUACAUUUAACCCAGAUGUACAUUUAUUUUGCAGCAUCUCGGUCAUAUUUGAAAUUUCUUAUUUUGGGCUCAUAAACACAAGCUUGUCAGUUCAUUCUUUCACGCUCCCAAUUUUCCAGCAGCAAAGCAGAACACAAAUUUUUGUGUUUGUAACUGUUCUUGCUUUUCUCCUCAUUUAUAUCACAGAUGAAAUUCACAUCAUACGCCAAGAACAGACCAUGUAUGUUAAAAAUAUUUCCAAUUUAAUCAAUUUUGGCCUAAAGUCAGUGUUUUUCUUUUUUGUUUUCCUGCAAGUCAUCAAAUUUAAGAUGGGGGCUGAUAUAGUAAAGUUUUACUUACUUAAUCCAGAUGAUUUCAUUCCUUUCCAUACAGUUUCUCAUGUGGAUCAGACCUUGAGGAUAAUUAUGGGCUUUUUGGCAUUUCUCAUAGUUUUGAAAACUCUCAGAUAUUCCAGAUUCUUUUAUGAUGUGCGCCUGGCACAAAGAUCUAUCUUAGCAGCUCUUCCUGGAAUCUGUUCUAUGGCACUUGUGGUGGCAGUGUACUUUUUUGUAUACAUGGCUUUCGGCUACCUAGUAUUUGGCCAACAUGAAUGGAAUUAUAAUAAUAUGAUUCAUUCAGCUCAGACGGUCUUCUCAUAUUGUGUUUCAGCUUUUAAGGACACUGCUUUUACAUCCAACCGGUUGCUGGGUGGUCUUUUCCUAGCCUCUUUUAUGCUGGUGAUGAUCUGUGUCUUGAUCAAUUUAUUUCAAGCUGUGAUUAUGUCUGCCUAUGAGGAUAUGAAACAACCAGUAUAUGAAGAACCAUCUGAUGAAGCAGAGGUCAUCACUUUUCUAGUUCAUAAGAUCAGAAGGCUGUGGUAUUUUAUCACCUGUAGGACACCAUCAGCAAGUGAUCCAGAUCUUUUUAAUAGUGUACUGUAUGGCCAAGCAGAAAGGUAUAGCCACCAACACUUAGGGCUAAAGACAAAAAAAAUAAAUGGCAAGAAAAUGGUUUAUCUUGUAAUAUAAGUAACGUAAGCUUUUAUGUGCAGUAAGACUGAUUUGUAAAAAAGAGCAAAAUAAUUAUAAUUCUCCUCUAAUACUUAUUUCACUAAUCAGUGCUCCUAAAUAUUCUGAAUUAUCUAGUUACAUUAAGGAAUUCUCAGCAUAACAGCCAUUCACUGCAGUAAUGGUCCUCAGAUUUACCUCAGAACCCUUUGAGACGGCUCUCAUAGCAUUUUAAAUAAGACAUCAGUUCAUAAAACAUUUCAUAAGCAGCAAUCAGGAUUCAGUUCACUAGUUUUCAGGGUCACCCUUGCCUCUGACAACAACCCAGCUGAAUAUGACUGAGCAAAUACAUUAAAAUGAAAGACUGGAAAAAUGGUCAGGUGGUAGGGUCAUGACAUGUAUACCCAUGCCCAGAAACUGCUGUGAGGUUCUUCACGAAAUACAGCCUAGAGGAUGAAAAAUGUUACGCUAAAGAAAAGACAGGACAAUCUAUAAUGAUUUGAUCUGGCAAACAAACAAAUAAAAAUGCUUUCAAAACUAAAUUUCUCUAAGAAGGAAAAUUUAAAUACAAUAUUAUAAGGUACUACAAAGAAUCAGCAAAUACCCUUUGCUAUGUAUUCAGACUGCAUGCAGUGGAAUUCUGGUAUAUUUUGCUACUUUGUUUGCAUAGGUGGUCAAUAUGUUAAGUUUUACUAAGUAAUGAAUGUCAGAUAAAUUGGGUGCAGGCAAGAAGGAUGGACUUGCUUAUCACAUCAAGCAUUAUCAGAUAACCUCAUUUCUAAUGGAAUGUGUUUCAAGUAUGUGCUUUCAUUAUAUGUUCAUCUUUUGCAUGGACUCAUUCUCUUUCUUAGAUGAGUCCUUAUUUAUCUGAUAAAUUCUAAAUUCCUCUUUCUGCUUUACUAUACUAAUCUGUCAUUAUUGUAUAUUCAUAGAAUACUUUUGCGUGUGAGCCAAUUAUAUUGUGGGAACACAUGCAAGUUUAUAUUUUAAAUGUGUAUCUUAUCAUAAACAUUCAGGAAUAAACCAAACUUGACAA